UCACCGAUAGUUUGAAAAUUAUCGAUAAGUCGAACUAUAAUUUUCGUGUUGUUUAUUGUUCUUUUUUUGUUCGUUACAUAGCACGGUGAAAACAAAUACCUUAAGUCAGAGAUCAGCCCAAUCAGAAUGCUUUCGCUGCAGAAUCAACGGCAACCGAAAACAAGCGCCCUGGUGGACGACUAUGAGAUCUCGGACACGGUGCUGGGCCUGGGCAUCAACGGCAAGGUGGUGCAGUGCACCAAUCGGCGCACCAAACAAAACUAUGCCCUCAAGGUGUUGCUGGACAAUGAGAAGGCCCGGCGCGAGGUCGAUCUGCAUUGGCGUGUGAGCGGCUGCAAGCACAUCGUCAACAUCAUCGAUGUCUAUGAGAACACGUACAGCGGCCGAAAGUGUCUGUUGGUUGUGAUGGAAUGCAUGGAGGGCGGUGAGCUCUUCCAGCGCAUCCAGGACAAGGCCGAUGGGGCCUUUACGGAGCGCGAGGCGGCACAGAUAAUGCACGAGAUCUGUGCGGCGAUAGACUAUCUGCAUAGCCGCGAUAUCGCGCAUCGCGAUCUUAAGCCCGAGAACUUGCUCUACACCACAUCCCAGCCAAAUGCGAUCCUGAAGCUGACAGACUUUGGCUUUGCCAAAGAGACCUUCACCAACGACACCCUCCAAACGCCCUGCUACACGCCGUACUAUGUUGCUCCCGAAGUGCUGGGCCCCGAGAAAUACGAUAAAAGCUGCGACAUCUGGUCGCUGGGAGUGGUCAUGUACAUUAUAAUGUGCGGCUUUCCGCCGUUCUACAGCAACAAUGGUCUGGCCAUUUCGCCGGGGAUGAAAAAGCGCAUACGGACAGGGCAGUACGAUUUUCCCGAUCCGGAGUGGACGAACGUUAGCCAGUCGGCCAAAGAUUUGAUCAAGGGCAUGCUGAAUGUGGAUCCCAGCAAGCGUUUGCGCAUCCAGGACGUGAUACGCAACAAGUGGAUUGCCCAGUACAAUGCCGUGCCACAAACACCGCUCUGCACUGGCCGCAUGCUCAAGGAGGGUGAGGAGACCUGGCCGGAGGUACAGGAGGAAAUGACCCGCUCCCUGGCCACCAUGCGAGUGGAUUACGAUCAAAUGCAAAUCAAGGCACUGGACAAGUCAAACAAUCCGCUGCUGACAAAGCGAAGGAAAAAGAUUGAGGAGAUCUAUGGAACAAAUGCCACGGCACGGAACUAGACGAAAAAGCAAAAAAACAGCAAACAACACAUACUACUACGGCCAAUCCCCGAGUGAGAGUUAGGAGAGAAGUAGAAUUAGAGGAAGGAGUAGGGCAUGGACAGAGGCCAUCAAAUCAGACGAUGGUUGUUUUUUUUUACCACAUAAGAGGACAACGUUGCAGUACGCUACAAAAAAACACUACUGCUAUAACUAUCGACAGCAACAGCAAAUAGCAAAUAGCCACUACUACUACUACUAUAACUAAAACUACUCCAUGAUGUUAUGUUACGUUAUGUUUUUUUUGUAUCUUUCAAUCAAGUCCAUUAUCUAAUGUAUGUAUGUAUAAUGUAUAAUCCAUUUCCAGGAAAACAAAACAUAAAAAGGUUCUUAGGGUAUAUUUGUAGUCUGAGAAGAGAAAAAAAAAACAUACUUAAGCAAAGUGAAAGGAGGACUGUGUAGAAAGCCAAGUGCAAGCCUAGCUAGCCACCCCAGUUUUAACUGGAAGAAAUGCAAAAUUUUUCGUAUGCUUCAGUCGCGUUGCGUGAAAUGUGCUCGUUUCCAUUUUUAAACGUGUAAUUUGUAAUGUACUUUAUUCUUAUUUUGUCUUGUGUACUUUUUUGACUCUUGAUUAUACAUAUAUACACACAUAUGUAUAUAUAUGUGUGUAUGUAUAAAUAUCAA